UCACUCAAACUGAUGCUCGCUUACGACGCUCAUGUGCGUUUACUCUUUGUAAGCUUGUAUAUUUUCUCUCACUAAACUCCCCAAUUCGUUAAAAACUGUUUGCUGCUCGUUUUCUUCUUGCAUUUGAAGCUUUCUCUCACUUCAAAACAAACCUUCACUCUGGUUCGAGCUUGAACCUUAUCCAGAGCAAAAGAAACGGGUUCUUUCUCGCCCUUUUUUUACUCUUGGAUCCUGGGUGAUUGAUGAGACUCUAGCGAAUCGGCUCCACUCUUUUCACUACUCAGGAGGUUUCCUAGAAUAUCAGUCUUAAGUACAAAAUGCUCUGGUUUUGAGCAAGAGCUCUGGUUUUUUAUGGGGGAGACUCAACUCAGAAACAAAAAUGACAGGGUUUUCCUCUUAUUUGUAGGAGUCCAAAGCAGUUUCUUUUGGGUAUUUGAAAUUCCUGAUCCCCUCUCAAUCUCGCCAAGUUUUCUAGAGAGAGGAGGGCUGGAAGUUCAGUGAGCCCAAUUUCUAGAGAGAGAAACUGUUCCCCCUGUUUCUAGAGAGCGACUUGCAGGCACUUCGCUCAUCCCCAGUUUCUGCACACACGAAGAAGCACAGGAAGUUCAGCAACUAAUCUCGUCCUUCAUUUCUAGAGAGAGAGAGAGAGAGAGGGACAGGGAGAUUUCUGGUAAUCUGUUCUCUCCAUCCAAAUUGCAAUUGCUAAAGAGAAGAGAACUGCCCAAUUCCAAUUUUUAGAGAAAGAGCUGCUGGCAAUCUAAUCUCCCCACCCCAAUUGCAAUUUCUAGAGACAAAAGAUGAUAACAUGGAAGGAUCUAUACAAAGUCCUGACUGCUGUAGUCCCGCUCUAUGUGGCCAUGAUCCUCGCCUAUGGCUCUGUUCGGUGGUGGAAAAUCUUCUCUCCUGAUCAGUGCUCCGGGAUCAACCGCUUCGUUGCGAUUUUUGCGGUCCCCCUCCUCUCCUUCCAUUUCAUCUCAACCAACAACCCCUACGCCAUGAACCUCCGGUUCAUCGCAGCUGAUACUCUGCAGAAGAUCAUCAUGCUCUUUGUUCUUGCUUUGUGGACCAAUCUCACUCGAGCCGGCUGUCUCGAGUGGAUGAUCACCAUCUUUUCUCUUUCUACCCUGCCCAACACCCUGGUCAUGGGCAUCCCCCUCCUCAUAGCAAUGUAUGAUGAGUACUCAGGGAGCCUCAUGGUCCAGGUUGUGGUGCUCCAGUGCAUCAUUUGGUAUACCCUGCUCCUCUUCCUCUUCGAGUACAGGGGAGCCAAGCUUCUCAUAAUGGAGCAAUUCCCUGACACCGCCGGCUCCAUAGUCUCUCUGAAGGUCGAUUCCGAUGUCAUGUCAUUGGAUGGUCAGGAGUUCCUGCAAGCCGAUGCCGAGGUAGGAGAUGAUGGCAAGCUCCAUGUCACAGUGCGUAAAUCCACUUCUUCGUCAAGAAGAUCACAGGGUCUCGGUUCUCUGCCCUCUCUCACUCCUCGGCCCUCGAAUCUCACCGGGGCCGAGAUUUACAGUCUGAACUCAUCACGGAACCCAACCCCACGAGGGUCCAAUUUUAACAAUUCGGAUUUCUACUCGAUGAUGGCGGGGCCUCGACACUCCAAUUUCGCCCAACCCGACCUCUACUCAUUGCAGUCAUCUCGAGGGCCAACACCUCGGCCAUCAAAUUUUGAUUACCCUUACAAUUCUACGACUGCAACACAGAAGAAUCAAGGUGGUGGUGUUCAUUUUGGGAUCGAAAAUGGGAAUGGAGGGAAUGGGAGCUCUGGUUAUCCAGCUCCGAAUCCCGAAGUUUUCGCUUCUUCGAAUGUGAAUUCGAAGCCACUACACUCGAGGAGAGGGGGCUCUGAUCAAUUGUUGCAGCAACCAAGAUCUCCACAAAGGAGUGCCAAUAACAAUAGGGAGAGCCAUAGUCAAAGUAAUCACCAUGAUGCAAAGGAAUUGCAUAUGUUUGUGUGGAGUUCGAGCGCGUCCCCGGUUUCUGAAGGUGGUGGGUUGCAUGUGUUCGGGGGGCCGGAUUUCGCCAGGAAUGAGCAGCCGGGGAGAGGGAGUGACCAUGGCGCAAAGGAGAUCAGGAUGUUGGUGUCUGACCACCUCCCCAACGGGGAGACUAAAGCUAUACCACAGAGUGGAGACGAUUAUGAGGGAGAAGAUUUCAGCUUCAGCAACAGAGUAAUGGGCGAAAUGGGAGAGGAAUCCCUUCCCUUAGAGAAAGAAGGUCCCAAUCUCUCCAAAUUCGGAUCGAGCUCCACUGUCGAGCUUCACCCGAAGCCUGGACCAGAGGAUUGGCGGAAGAAGCAGAUGCCUCCAGCAAGUGUUAUGACCAGGCUCAUACUGAUUAUGGUCUGGAGGAAGCUCAUCCGAAAUCCGAACACUUACUCGAGCCUCAUUGGUCUGAUAUGGUCCCUCAUUGCUUUCAGGUGGGACGUCGCCAUGCCGAAAAUUGUCAAGAAAUCGAUUUCCAUUCUCUCUGAUGCCGGCUUGGGAAUGGCCAUGUUUAGUCUAGGAUUGUUCAUGGCUUUGCAACCAAAGAUCAUUGCAUGUGGAAACUCUGUUGCUGCGUUUGCGAUGGCAGUUAGGUUUCUCACUGGCCCUGCAGUAAUGGCUGCCGCCUCCAUUGCUGUCGGCCUUCGUGGUAAACUCCUUCAUGUGGCUAUCGUCCAGGCUGCCCUUCCUCAAGGCAUUGUCCCCUUUGUGUUUGCAAAAGAAUACAAUGUCCAUCCUGCAAUUUUGAGCACAGGGGUCAUCUUUGGAAUGCUGAUUGCUUUGCCAAUUACGCUUGUUUAUUACAUUGUUCUUGGACUGUAAAACGAAAGGAGGAAGGGUGAAUAGUUCAAAUCAGAGACUUUUCAAAGUAGAUGUAAUGGCCAUCUUUUGCAGUCUCCUAGAGAGAGAGAGAGAUCCAGUUACCUGACCUGAAAAAACAGAGGAAACAAGGAAAUUCUCUCUCUAGUAAAGGAUCUAAGAGCAGGAGAAGCCAGUAUGAAUGCCUGCCCAAAUUUGUGCAUAUGAAGAGAGGCUUUUCUACCUUUUGAUUUAUAUAGAAAAAGGAACUGUUUCACGAGCUUGGUUUUGCGGAUAGUUGUAUUACUAGAUAUGGGUUCCUGUGUUUAAGGUUUGAAGCCCAUGAUAAUGGAAGGAAGUUAGAGUUUGUUGUUUGGGAUCUGUGGAUUGUCUGAUGAGAGAGAGAGAGAUGAAAGAAAAGAAGGCCUGCAAGAAGAGAGGAGAGCAGAAGAGAGGCGAAGAGGGGUUUUCUUUUUCUUUCUCUCUCUACAUUGGUCAUUGUGGUGCAUACUUGGUUUGGUUAUCCAACAAUAAUGACGGAUGUCUUCUUCCAUGUAUGUGAGAGAGACUGCUUGUUGAGCUCAAGCCAAUGCAUGUGAUGUUUGACAAAACUCAUUAUGGGGACCUAACUUACCCACUUUUCCCUAA